AUGACCCGCAUAGAACUACAGCAACUGUGCAAGAAACAUGGCUUAAAGGAAGGGAAUAAGAGAAAUAUUGAUAUAAUAAAAGCUCUGCGUCCUUUCGCUAGUGAUCAUACAGUCUCGUCCGCGAGCAGUAGUGCCCGCUCAGUUUUUAACAGAGAACCAACAAGAUUAGUCAGUCAACACAAACGUCUGCGGGUUGCUAGUCCAGAUGAGACAGAAACCGAGAUCGGGCGUUGGCUAAAGAGUAAGGGACUUGUCGAUAUCGUACCUAUAUUUGCUCGAGAGGGAUUGUUACGCGACUGGCAAUUACUAGAACGUUUAAGGUUCGAUCACAUAAAAGCAAUGGGUCUGUCAACUGCUUCUUGUAUACAAUUAGAGAUUGCAUUAGAUGAGAAAUUUGGGCGUCAGCAUACAGAUCCGCGUUUGAAUAUCUCUACAAUCGCCAGUUCUGUUUCUAAAAUUGAAGCAGAACUAAGUGAUCUCAGAAUUUCACUCGGGUUUCUGAAACAAGAUAUUCGAGAAGUAAAGAACACUGUGCAGAAAUCAGACGAGAAUAUUACUAAAUUAGAGAGUGAGGUCGAUAGAAUGAAUCAGCGCCCAUUACUGAGAACCGAGGAAAUCAAUUCUAUUACUAUACGUUUGGAUGAAUACUUGAAGAAGCAGACAGCCACUCCAGAAGAGAUUGCAAAAGCGCGACGACUCAACAGACUCCCGUUUAUUACUCAUCCCUUCUAG